CAACCUUGUGUUUAUUUAAAUUUAAUUUAAAUUCAUUUUUUCUUUUACUUUCUGUGAUGCUAACUUUUGUAACAAUUUUUGCUUUAUUUUUGAUUGAUAAAAGCGAGAAAAUUUUAAAUUUUGGUUAUUUAAAUAUUAUUUUAUUUAAUGCUAGUCAAUCAUUUUUAAUUGCAACAAUUGAAAGAGUUAUUUUAUUAAUUAUUCCACGUUGGAAGGGUAAUUUUGGCCGUGUUAUUUUUAUUGUUUAUUCAUUUAUUGCUUUUUGUGCUUUUUUAUCUUCUUCACUUCAAAUUAAUUUGGAAAAAAAUAAUUUAUUAAAUAAUUCUGAAAUUAAUGAAAAACAAAUAAAAAUACUCAAUAAAACAGAAAAUUUUUUGGAAGAGUUUAUUUUCAUCAAAUAUUUAUUUUUCAAUGAAUUUUUAUUUAUUUUAUUAAUUUUUGUUUUACCAAUUUUGUUUGGUUUUUGUUGUUUUCUUGGUCAACCUUUGGGGUCUCCUCAACAAAAAAUUUCAAAAAAUAAUUAUUUUAAUGAGUUGCAAGUAUCUUCGUCUUUUAUUUGUCAAAUUCUUUUAUUUUUUAUUAUGACUUUACAUUUUACUUCUUCCUUUAUUGCUCAACAUUCUAUAAAUUUUAAUAAAGAAAAUAAUUUUGAAAAUAUUCAAAAUGUUUUAUUUUGGCCGGAUCUUUCAAUACGCUCAAAUUUAUUUUAUUUUUUAUAUUUUAUUUUAAUUACAGCCAGUAUUUUACUUAAAUUAAUUAUACCUGAGCAUUUUAGUAAUAUUUUUGAUUUGGUUAUUUUGUCAUUUUCUUCUAAUUUUCCACUUUUUCUUUAUGUUUGGUAUAUUAAUUAUUCAAAAUGUUCACAUUUGGAUAUUUCUUUUUAUAUUUCUCCUUCCCUUUCAUUCAAAAUUGGACUUUUCUCAAUUUCUUUUUUAUUGUUUUUAAUUUUAUUUUUUAAAAUUCAAAAAGAAGGGCGUCAAAGGCAAAUUAUUGAAUAUAGAAGUUCAAUUAAUGGUAAAGGAAAUACUCAAAACUCGUCAAAAAUUAAAAAGAAAUUAAAGAAAAAGGUCAAAACAUCAAAAGGUGCUUAUUCACUAUUAGAAAUGAAUAGAAGAAUUGCCAACAAAAAUAACACAGAAAAACAACAAAAAACACUUAUUUCCUCCAAUGAUGAUAGGUCAUCAUUUGAUAGUGAAGAUGAUGAAGACGAGGCUGACGUGGAAAUGGAAUCUGUGACUGGUGAUUAUGAUGAAGAAUUGGAGAAGGAAGAAUGUAAAAAAAUAAAUGAAUUAUUAUAG